UUGUUUACUAUAUAGCCCAGGUCUACCACAUGAACCGAACAAAAACAGUGCUGUUACUGUUUAUUAUAUGUAGAGUCUGCUACCUACUUGCACCUGCUUCGUCUGCUGUCUUUCAGUGUCACACCAGUAUAACAAGACUAGAUUUCUAAGUCUCUAAAUUAGACGAAACUUAUCUACUGAUAGGGCAUCUGAGACAAGAAACAUGGCUACUUGUGGUUCAGAUGAUGAUGUGCCUCCUCUACUUUCUGAUGACUCUGAAUGUGAAGUUGAUGACGAUGAUGAUGGAUGGGAUGAUGUGGAGGACGAGGAGAUGAACGUUUUAGUCGGGGAUGUAGUGUGUCUUUUCUGCUCUCGUGUGAUGGGCUCCGUGGAUCUGCUAUUGAAGCACUUGCGAGAGGAUCACUGUUUUGAUCUCGUUGCAAUAUGCUGGAAAUAUUCCGUUGACAGCAUUGACUACAUCAGAUUGAUCAACUACAUCCGAAAACAGAAACCAAGCCCAGAAGAUGUAGCAGAGGGAUUCAAGUGUGGUGGCGUGUUGUGGUCUAGUGAUGAAUACAUGAAGACAGAGGACUCGAGUGAUCUCAUGUUGUUGUUUGAUAUUGAAUCUGCACAGACUGUGGACCCUCAGAGCCCGGACAUGAGUGAUGUUAGUGAGUCUGAGGUCAUCGCAGCGCUCACCCAGCGGUUGAGAAAGGCUGAUGAGGCACAGACCAUUUUGAAAACAGAACUAGAAAGGGCAGUGGGUGACAUUGAAAGGCUAAGGCUGUCGGGUCAACAGUUUGUCAUGAGAAUGAACACAAAAGAUUCCGCCGGUGAUGAACGCGACAACUCCAAGUCUGCAGAUCAUUCCAAUUCCCAUCUGCAAGAAGAGGAUGGAUACUUCGCAUCUUACACGCACCAUGACAUACAUCUGACAAUGCUCAAGGACAAAGUACGCACAGAAAGUUACCGCGACUUCAUGCUGUGUAACCCGAACCUGUUUGCUGGCCGCACCGUUCUGGAUGUUGGCUGCGGAACAGGGAUCCUGUCUAUGUUUGCAGUGCGAGCCGGUGCAAGCCGCGUGGUGGCCGUGGAUCAGUCCAACAUUAUCUACCAAGCCAUGGAUAUUGCACGGGAGAACAAUUUGCACGAGAAGAUUACAUUUGUGAAGGGAAAGCUGGAGGACGUCUCCCUGCCUGUAGAAAAAUUUGACAUCAUAAUCUCGGAAUGGAUGGGCUAUUUCCUGUUGUUUGAAGCCAUGUUGGACUCUGUGCUGUGGGCCAGGGAUCGUUACUUGGCCCCAGGCGGGUGUGCGUACCCGGACCACUUCUCCAUGAUGCUGGUGGGCGUGGACGACCCUGAGAUGCGACGGGCCAAGCUGGACUUCUGGGAUGACGUCUACGGUUUCAAGAUGUCCUGCAUGAAGUCGUCGGUUUUGGACGAGGUCUACGUGAAGCAGGUCAAGGGCAGUGCAAUCGUCACCGACCCAGCUCUCAUCAAGGACAUUGAUGUAAUGACUUGCAAAGUGUCGGAGCUUGACUUUGCUGCAGACUUCAGUCUCCGAUGUGUCAAAGAUGCUACUGUUACCGCAGUGGUCGGUUAUUUCAUCACAGACUUCGCUGCUGGCUGCCAGAAAAAGAUCAGUUUCAGCACGGGGCCCGAGGUGACGCCGACCCACUGGGAGCAGGCCGUCAUGUUGUUACCCAAACCUGUGCCAGUGACCGCCGGAUGGCCGAAUAACGUACCGGAAACAUCCGCAUGACUCCCGGGGAAUUCUCAUUUCUUUGACCGUUGGGAAACAGACGAUGAAGUACAACCUCUCCUGACAGGAUGUCAAGGUCAUUACUGCUCCGUCUGCUGCCACUGCCACCCUCAGUCCUGCUCGGCGGUCACUCCUCGCCCGGUUCUGCAGAUCUUCUGUUACUUCUCGGUUACAACAACCUUCCCUUUGUUGUUUGGUUCAUUUGUAACUUGGCUUGGCCUGAUUAUGUGAUCAAAGUAAAGGGUUGUUUUCGCAGUACA